CCUUUCCGGUAAUGGCGGCGCCCUGAACCGCGCGGCCGGGCCCGCCAGCACCGUCAGUCAGCGCUGUCACCGCCACCGCUGUCCCCGUCCCUGUCACCGCUGUCCCCGUCCCUGUCACCGCUGUCACCGCCGUCACCGCCACCAUGCAUUCGGACGAUGUUGUCUGGAGCAUGCUGGGGAACAGGCAGUUCUGCUCCUACAAGAUGACCACCAAAACGCAGAAUUUCUGCCGGAACGAGUACAACCUGACGGGGCUGUGCAACCGCUCGUCCUGCCCGCUGGCCAACAGCCAGUACGCSACAAUCCGCGAGGAGAAAGGGCGCUGUUACCUGUACAUGAAGACGAUCGAGCGGGCGGCGUUUCCGCGGCGCCUCUGGGAGAGGGUGCUGCUGAGCAAAAACUACGAGAAGGCUCUGGAGGAGAUCGAUGAGAACCUCAUCUAYUGGCCCCGCUUCAUCCGCCACAAGUGCAAGCAGAGAUUCACCAAAAUCACCCAGUACCUGAUCCGCAUCCGCAAACUGACCCUCAAGAGACAGAGGAAGCUCGUGCCGCUGCGCAGGAAAAUCGAGAGGCGCGAGAACAGGCGAGAGGAAAAAGCUCUGAUCGCUGCCCAGCUGGACAAUGCCAUCGAGAAGGAGCUGCUGGAGAGGCUGAAACAGGACACGUACGGAGACAUUUACAACUUCCCCAUCCACGCCUUUGACAAGGCCCUCCAACAGCAAGAUGCAGAGAGCGAGAGYGAGUCGGAUGCAGAGAGGGAGGAUGAAGAUGAUGAGGAGGAUGUGGAUAAAAGGGAGUUUGUGGAAGCAGAGGACAGCGAGCUCAGCGACUUUGAGGACAUGGAUAAAUUGGAGACAAGCAGUGAAGAGGAGCAGGAAGAGGAGGUAGAAGUAGAGAAGAAAGGCUCCCACUUCAAAUCCAAGGGGAAAACCCCCCUGAAGGGCCCAGCCAGGAGGAAACGUCCCUACAUUGAAAUCGAGUACGAAGAGGAAACAGAGCCAAGCACCAAAACAAAAGCAGCCUGA